UCCAAACCAGAAACGCAAGCGCUGUCGUAAGCAAGCGCCGCCGCGUGGCGCCACCGGCCCAUCCGCCGCCAAUCCGUACAAGAGGCGCGGCCCGGUGGAGGUCUCCGUUCCUCCGCUCCACCCGUGCCGCAGCUUCCGGCCCUCAUCAGCUCAGCUGCCUUCCAGCCUGGUGGUACGGUGGUGGGAAGAUGAAGAUGUCGCCGUUCCUUGUGCUGCUCAUCACGCUGCUAUCUGCAACCGCCGCUCUUCCGUCAGAGGCGCUCAACGUGAGAGGCCACCUGCUCAAGUCCAAGACCUUCCUGUCCCCGCCGAUCUUCCUGCGCCCCGGCUCCGUCUCCAACAAGUGGUACUUUGACAUCGCCUUCCCCAGAGGCCACCUCGCGCUCAAGAGCUUCAACGGCGAGGUCGUCGACGAGCGCGGUGUCCCUGUCCCGCUCCAUGAGACCUACCUCCACCACUGGGUCGUGGAGCCCUACUACGCCCCGAAGGAAGCCGCCGCCGCCGCCGAGACGCAGAAGCUCUCAAAGAUAAUCCUGAACAGGAACUCCGGUGUGUGCAAGACCACGCUGGGACAGUACUACGGACUUGGCUCCGAGACCCGGCACACGGCGACGUGGGUGCCUGAUCCCUAUGGCAUCGAGGUCGGCAACCCGGAGGCGCCACCGGAGGGGUACGAGGAGAAGUGGCUGCUCAACGUGCACGCCAUCGACACGAGGGGCGUCACCGACAAGCUGGGGUGCACCGAGUGCAGGUGCGACCUGUACAACGUGACGAUCGAUGAGUACGGCCGGCGCAUCACCGAGGACUACACUGGCGGGCUGUACUGCUGCUAUGAUGAGACCCGGUGCAAGGUGAAGGAAGGGUUCGCCGAUGGCGAGGCCAGGAAGGUGUUCCUGCGGUACACCGUGACGUGGCUCGACUGGAGCGAUGCAGUUUUGCCGGUGAAGAUCUACAUCUUCGAUGUCACUGACAGAGCUCUGCUUGAGGGGAAAUCAGAGCCUGCUUGCAAGGUGGAGUACCAGGUCGAGGAAUGCAGCUCAGAGAACCGGGCCAACAAUGACUGCGUCCAUGUUCAGGCGACCAAACAAAUCCUGCCGCGGGGAGGCGACAUCGUGUUCGGCGUCGCGCACCAGCAUUCUGGUGGCAUCGCCGCCUCUCUUCACGGCGAGGACGGCCGGCUGCUGUGUGAAUCGGUGGCAACCUACGGCGAAGGGCAGGAGGCCGGGAACGAGUCGGGCUACAUCGUGGGCAUGUCGACGUGCUACCCGAAGCCGGGCAGCGUGACGGUGCGCGACGGCGAGGUGCUGACCGUGGUGUCCAACUACAGCAGCGAGAGGCAGCACACGGGCGUGAUGGGCCUGUUCUACAUCCUCGUGGCCGAGCACGAGCAGCAGCAGCAGCUGCUGCCGGCUGCCGCCGGCAAGCCGGGCCUGUGCUUCAGCUUCCCGGUCUCAUGGUGCCUCCCGUCAUGGCUGUCGAGCAACCUGUAAAAGGAGUCUAGCAUGGUAUCUUGACUGUGAUAAGAGUGGAAGAGUUACGCCUGAAGGAGCAGAAAAAAAAAAACUACCAGACAGAUGACACGCUUGGAACUUUGUUCUGGAAAGAUAUAUGCAUACGUACAGGUGUUACUGAGUUGUAGUAUUAAGUUUGGUUUUGCAGUAUUAUUACAAGAAGAACUGUCCUCACAAUAAUUAAUUCCCCUUUCAGAUUGGUUGAGUUACUGUAAGUGAGAACCAGAUGUACAAUCUCUUGUACAAAAAAAGAAUGUUGAGAUUACACGUAUACCCCAGCAUAUGCUACUA